UUUGCUUUCGUAGAUAAUAGCCGUGAACAUUAGAGAACUUCAAAUGUCCAUGGUAUUGGCAUUGAGUAUAUAUUACCAAAUUAUAUAUUUUACUCAAUGGUUAUAGGUAUGAGCGUGUGACGUACAUUUCUGACUUUCUGAGAACGAUCAGAAUCUGAAUAUCCAAAAAUAUUAUUCUUGUCUAUGAUUCACGGUCUUCUUCUGUUUAUUGUUGGUUGUUGCAAUAUUGUAUGAAACAAAAAUCACCACAUUUGCCAUUCACCUAUAAAAAAUGGAACCGUUUAUGCCAUCCGAAGUCGCUCGUUUAGUAUAUGGUUAUCUAAAAAACGAAAAAAAUGAAGACACUGCCGAAUGUUUUUUAAAAUCCUCUCCUUGUUUAACUGAAUGUUAUCAGAUGUUUAAGACUAAUAGAAACUUUAAUAUAAAAGUGAAUGGGUUCAAUUUACAUGAAAUCUUUGAAGUUUUUGGAACUAUGUGUAGCAUGAUUCAAGAACAAAUACCUGAGGCAUGUGAAUCAAAAACAUUAAUUGAGAAAUUACAGUAUUUACUAGAUUCAGACCAUACAUCAACCAAAGAAGAUAAAUCUAUUGAGACCAAAUUAAACAUGGUUGACAAAUGUGUUGGUAAUACAGUUCAUACAAAAAAUCAGGGUACACAUAUUUCAAUUAAUAUAGAAGCAAAUAAAAGUACAUCUGAAGAAUUAUUAGAAAUCCCAUUAUUCACUGAGAUAAAUUCUAAUAAUGUUUCCAAAACAAAAGAAAUUGACAUAUUUAAUAAGGAGACCACUAUAACCGAUGAGAAAAAUUCGGGUACAUUUUUAUCACCCUGUCUAUCUUCUAUGACACAACUAAUAAAUAAUAAUGCAAGAACAACAUUUUCCAAAAUUGAUGACAAAGAAUCUCCAAUAUUUCAAAUUAACAAGCAAAUGUGUAGCACUCCAGGAAAAAAAAAUGAUGAAACAAAAAUAAAUAUUGAGCCAAUGCUACAAUGUAGUCCAAAAAAUAUUCAUAAUUUAAUUUCUGUUGAUCAGACUGAACAUCAGCAAAUGCCUGAAGCUACAUCACUUGAUUCUAUGCCAGGAUUCUCUAAAGAGGAUAAGAUAAAAGAUGGUUCAGUUAUUAUUGAUACUGGUGAAUUAGUUGAUACAUUUUUGAAUGACCAAAGUUUGUUGGAAAAAAUUGCUGAUACUAUCAAUAAAUGUUUCGAAGCUCAAAAAGAAUUAGAAAGAGUAUUAGAUCCUCCUACACUUGAAAAAGCAUUAGACUCUGCUCAGUCUGAUCCACAAAUCAAGAAUAUACUGGAUGAGUUUUUAGUUUUUAAUGUUGACAAUACUGAAAUUGGUAAAAAAGCGUGUACUAAUCUAGACUCAAUCAAAUCCCGUUUACGUAGUGCCAAGAAAAAAGAUGAUAUAUCAAACAAAUUAAAAAAGAAUAAUUUUAAUAUGCCAAAACAUAUUGUUUUUGACAAUGAAGAAUGUAUGAAAGUUGACAAUAAUAUUGUACUGAUACAUGAAGGUAAUAUCAGAACAACAACUUUUGAUAGUUACGAUUUGUUAUCAAAUCAAAUAGUUCUACAAUCGAGUGACUUAUAUAACUUCAAUUCAACUAAAAUAGAAGCAGGAGAAGAAGAUUACCUAUCCAAAGCAAACUAUGUGAAAAUUGCCCCAAAAAUAACUCCUAUGUUAAAAAUUCAACAAGUUCCUGAAAAACAUAUAUUUCCAAAACGAAGAAAACAUCCAUUAGAAGUUGUUGGCAUAAAGAGCCAAUUUAGGAGAACAAAUAUAAUUUCUAGACAACCACCUGUUCAGAUUCCUAAAUCAAUUGUUAUUGAAGUUCCUAAUCAAAGUUCAUUUGAAUCUCAAGAAAAAAAUCAUAUUGAGAUUAAUAAUAUUAUCAAAUUACCUGAAGUUUCAUCUAAUAUUAAUGAUACGAUUGUUCAAAACACACCAGUUGAUAGACUAGAACCUCCAAAAAAUAAAAGUAUGAGUACACCUUGUAGAAGAAGCACUCAUGUAAGAUGCUUAGAGUUUAGUACUCCGCAGCCUAAGAAUAUGACUCAAAAUCAGGCCCGUUCAAUACUUCUCUAUGGUACACCAAAAAGAAUUGAAAAAUGUUUGGAAGAACCUUCAUCUAGUCCUUUACCAAUACUGCAAGCUGAUUGGGGUUCAGUUAAUGGAUUUGAAUCAAUUAUUAAGAAAGAGAGUAUUAAACACUGGGAUACAGACAUUAGAGAAAUGGUGGGGGCUGGAAUAUUAACAUCAGAUGCGGAUGGAAGAAAAACAAGAAAAAAAAAAAUGCCAAGAAAAAAAAUUAAGCCGUUCAUUAAUCAAAAUAAUUCUAUAGUUUUGCUUGAAGAACAAAAUAAAUCAAGUAACCAUUCAAUCACAACAAAUGAACUAUAUACUGAUGUAUCAAAUAUUUCUGAAAACACAUGUGGCGGUUUAAUUGAGCAAGAUUCUAAUAAGCUAGCACCAAAUGGCCAACAGCCAUUAAAGGAGCAGAAAGAGUUUCCUAUUUCAUUGGGAACUUUUAAUAAUGUUAUAGAAUUACAUGAUAAACAACCGCUAAUUAAAUCUGAUUCUUUGAAUGCUUUGAAAAAUGUGAGUAAAUUUCCUAUAUCAUCAGAAACUUCAGAUAAAAUAACUAAAUUGAAUAAUGAACAAUCACCAACUAUAUUUGGAACAUCAAUAAAUGUGAAUAAUAAAAAUUUGCUAAAAAAACAAGAAGAUUUUUUGAGUUUGUUGGAAACCCCAGGUAAAACUACAGAAUUGUAUACUGAAGAACAGUCAGUUAAAUCUGAUUCUUUAAAAAACGACAAUAAUGAGAAAUUAUUAAAAAAAGGAAAUCACGAAAAAGAUUCUAACAUUUUAAAAUCAUUUAAUAAUAAUAACUAUUCAUUAACAGUAAAUAAUUCAAAUGAAUCAAAUAAAAAUGUAAAAGAACAAGGUUUAUUAGAUCAAACUGAUAUAAACAACUCAAGUGAAUUAAAUAGUUCUACAAAAAGUAUUAGUAUUGAACCAAUUAAACCUAAUAUAGUUAAUGAAAUGUCAUAUAAAUGUGAUGAUGCAGCUGUUAAUAUACCCAAAACUCCUACUUCAAAAAUAAAAUAUGAAUACAAUCUAAGUAAGCCAUGUUCACAAGAACAUUAUGAUGAUUCAUUGACAGAAACAUCUUCAAUCAAAUUAUUUACUGAAACAUAUUUAAAUAAACCACCCAUUUUACCAUUUCCUUCUAUUCCAGAAAAUUCAAGGUCUGUCGAUACUAUUAUUGUACCACCAGAACAGAAUUAUGUUGAAACCUCAAAAAAUACCCGUUGUAAAAUUAUGAAUAAGACACAGAAAGAUAAAGUUGAAUGUACACCCUUAAAAUCAAAGGAAAAACUUUUGAGUAAUUCUAAAAUAAAAAAUACAUUAAAAAAAAAAAGCGUUGGAGCAAAAAAAAAACAAGUGUAUGAGUCUGUUAAAGUUGAGUUAUUUGGAAGUGAAAUUUCAUCAAGUUCAAGUUCGCAUGAAUUAUUAAUCACUAAUGAACAGCAUAAUACAAUAGUUAUUAAUAAAAAACCUCAAGAUGAAGAGAAAAAUUCUGGUUUCAAACACAUACCCAAAAGCCAAUCAAUUAAAUCUAUGUCUAUUAUAAAUGUUAAUGGUAUUGAAAAUAAUAUAUCAAAUGAGUUGCAUGCACCUAACAUGCAACCUAUCAAGGCACCAUCCAUUAAACCAACAAUAGUACAACCCGAGAAAAAUAAUGAAAACACAUCAGAAACAAUAAAAAAGAAAAGUGCUAAAAAGUUCAUGGUUCAUUUUGAUGACCCAGUAGAAAAAUUCUUUGGUUUGUCUAAGAGUCCAACACCAUGUAAAUCCAACAACAAAAAUGCUGGUCAAAUACAAGAAGAUACCAUAAAUAAUGACAACUCGGAACAGUUGAUUGGGUUAAGUAGAUAUUUGAACAAAAGAUCGUCAACAAUUUAUGACUAUAGCCCUAAACGAAAAACAAUCAAAACAAUUGAACCAGAUGUUAAGACCACUAAAAUAAAUAAUGGUGAUUCCAAAAUUAAUUCUUCAAAAAUGUAUAAUGUAGAUGAAUCCAGUAAGAAUAUAUCAAUAAGUGAUUUUAGUAACAAAAGAAAAACUCUGGAUACGAGCAAUAAAAGAAUUAAAUUAUCUGAGAAUUGUAUAAUAGACGUAAAUAAAGGGUCUUGUGGGAUGGAAAAUAAUGCAGCUCAUAGUAAAUCCAUUGUACCAUUGGGGUCUGUACAAACAUGUACAGACCUUAUCAGGUCUAUGAAUGACAACAUAUCUAUACCAAAUUGUAAUUCUAAUAAAAAAAUUAACAUCAGUCUUGACAGAUCUGAAUUGCCCGUCAUUAACUACAAGAGCAGUGUUAGUAAUAUUUCAUGUGUUACUGUUAGACAUGAUGAUACAUUUGAUGCUCGGAUUAACAAAAUAUGUGAUACACUAGACAAUAUAGAAUAUUUAAAACAGUCAAGAGUAUUUGAUAUAAUUUCUGAAGAUGGAGAACGUGAGGAGGUGUAUUUAAAUUUAUCAGAAACAUUUACUUAUCUUGAUAUACUCUCUGAAUCAAACAAUGUACAACUAUCUGAUCCAAUUACCUCACAGUUGAUAACAACAAACAAAACGUUAGACGUCAUUCCGGAAAGGGAAAGUGGUAAAUUAUUGAGGAAUGAUGAAGAAAUAAUCAUACCAGUGACUAGCACUUCUAUAAACUGUGUUGAGAUAAAAAAUGACAAAAAUAAUAGAGCCAGAAGAAGCCCGUCCUUUUGGGAAGACUCAGUUCAUAAUUACCCAAUAAGACACAGAGACAACAGACAUAAGGAAACAAACCGUUGGCAAAAUAAAACCCAUCAUAAUUAUGAUAGAAAAUAUAGGCCAAACAAAUUUCGAUACCACAAUGAACGAUUACAAUUUGAUAGUCGGAACUAUUUUCAAAGAAGUCAUCAUCAAAAUGUGAAAAGAGAGUUUUGGGAAGAUUCAGUAAGGGAUAAAGAUAAAUUUAAGCACAAAGAUGAAAAAAGACGUAGUUACCGUGAUUAUAGUAAAGGAAACAAUUGGCUUGAAGAAAAUGAACGAUAUUCAAUUCCGCAAAGAAUGUCACUAAAUGAUUUACAAAAGUCACAUAGAUCAGAAGAUAUUGUUAAGAAAGCUACUAAAAAGCCCUCAGAUCGAGAAAUAAAUAAUAAGACUCCUGUUAAGGUUUCCAAAGUUGAACAUCAACGAUUGCUGACAAAUGUUGACGUUGAUGAUUUUUUGUCUGUUGUACACGGUAAAAAAUAAAAAUAUUAUAUAAACUGUUACUGUAAUUUAUUUUUGUUUACACAUUAAAUUAAUGUAAAUGUUAUAUUAUUAUUUAAACUAUGUGUCAAAAAAAAAUAAAGUUUGUUUUUUAACAAUUUUGUACUUUGAAAAUUUCUUUGUACAUUAUUUUUGUAAGCAGUAACAUUGUAUUGGUUAUUCUUAUUUGUUCAAAAACAGAGAUAACCAGGAUUUCAAACAUUACUUUAAUUUUUCGACAUGCAUCACUUAUCAUAUUAUUAUAGUAAUUUUAUUAUUAUAUGUUUUCGUAAUCCUAAUGAUGUCCAUUAAAGUUAUAACUUAUCAUAUAGUUAUAUAUGUUCAUUACAACCUAUGGGCUAUGUGGUGGCAUAUCAAUCUUGCAUUUUUCAAAGG